AAUUAUUAUAGCGAUGCUCCAUUGAACACGUGCCAAGCUUUCCUCCCGCAGAGGUAUCGCCGAGGUUUGGCCGCGCCGCCUAGGAAACAUUUCUCGCGCGCUCGACUUCACGCAAUACCAUCAUCACCUGCUGCUUGCCACCUCAUCCUACCCGCAGCAAUCAUGGCUGCUACUGGAUCCGAUACCAAGGAUCUCUUCGAACUCGGGAUCAAACCUGAAGGCGAUGUCGUCAUUCCCCCGCAAGCCGUCCGCGAGCAGAUCGCGAAGACGGCCGACUUCUUGCAUCGCAAACCAGGUGCUGAAGGAGGCCUGAGGGAGCGAACUGGCACCAACCCCAAAUUCAGCUGGUUGAAUCCCGAGGAUUCUUACCAUUCAUAUUACACGUGGUACCGCCAGGCGUUGGCCGAAGGGAAGGGCCGUGUCGCAGGCUCCGCAGGCCAGGCUGCCCAGGACAACAAACCAAAGGGACCGCAGAAGCCCGCAGAUUAUCGAUUCUCCGCCCGAAUGCCUAACAUCAGCGCCCAAGAUCUCGAGAUCCUCAAGCUGACCGCACUAUACACCGCGAAGAAUGGCGAAAACUGGUUGAAGGAGCUGCGCAGUCGCGAAGCUGGCAAUUUUCAGUUUGACUUCCUACGUGUCAACCACACAUUUUUCGGAUUCUUCCGCUCGAUCGUCGAGCAGUACAAGAUUCUCUUGGAGGAAGAACAGACGGUGGAAGCUCGUAUCGAAGAAUUGCGACAGAAUGUGAAGAACCGGUUCCACGUACUGGAUCGCGCGAAGCAGCGCGCCGAGUACGAGAAAUAUGUUGCCCAGCAGAAGGAGAAGGAAGAGAAACGUGUGGAGGAUGAGAAGAAGGAAUAUCUGUCGAUUGACUGGCAGGAUUUCACAAUCAUCGCGACCGUUACGUUUGACGAAGCAGACGACGCUGCCGAACUCCCUGCGCCAACUUCCCUCAACGACCUCCAAUCUGCAUCCCUGGAACAGAAGGCCGCUGUUUCGCUGAACAACCGCAUCGAAGAGGCUGCCCCCGACGAACAGACGUAUUACAAUGCCUCGCAAGGAGCUGUGAACACUCCCCCGAUCUACCCACCUGCCGCACCCUUCGCUCCCCCCGUCCAGCCAAUCUACCAUCCUCCACCCCCGACCCAGGAUUAUCGUUCUGCUGCGCACCAAGCUCGCGAAGAGGAAGAAGAACGCGCCGUGCGCGAGCGACAGGCAGAGCGCGAAAGGGCCGCACGUGCGCAAGCAGCCGCGAAAGGAGCACCAGGAGCUAUGCGCAUCCGACAUGAUUACGUCCCUGGCCAGGCCGCGAAGAAGGCCAGUGUCGCCAAAGCCAUCUGCCCCAACUGUAAACAGGAGAUUCCCGCAGAUGAGCUCGAUGAGCACAUCCGUAUUGAGUUGCUCGAUCCGAAGUGGAAGGAACAGCGAGAGAAGGCGGAUGCUCGCUACGCAACCACAAUCAAUACAGUGGACGUCGCCAACAAUCUGAAGCGUUUUGCCAGUAUGCGAGACGACAUAUACGAUGGGGCGACUGGCAUGCCUGUCUCUGCAGAAGAGCAAGCAAGGAGGAAGAGGGCAGCGCUUUCAUACGAUGGCGUACCGGAUCCUGCCAAGGAUGCAGCACGCAUGCAAGAAAUGCAGAACGUGACUGUGCAAGAACAGAUCCGUCGAAUCCAGGAGAAAAAUCGCAUGAAAUGAUCGUGCAUAAAGGUGUGUUUCUUUUCUUUUCUUUUCCCUUUUCAAUUCACCGUCACAAUAGCAUGGAUGGAGUUUGGGAGUUUUGCAGGUCGAAAUACCCGCUUGGUGCUGCGGUCGGGCCAGAAGGGACCUGCAGGACCAUUUGUAUACUAUCAAACAAGUAGGCCAUAAGGGCAUUGUCAAAUAUCAUCUAAUUCAAAA